AAUUUGUUGAUAGUAGUAGAAUUCAAAAUAUUUUCACAAAUGCCUGACAAAAUGCUGUUUUAGACAUGUUUAUUCUCAAGUUAUCCCAAGGCUGUCUGAUGUUGCAAACCAUAAAGUAUAACGAUGUGAUGACAUAUUAUUGCAAAUCAUAAAUUUCUAUAACCAUGCCCAAGUUCAAGAAUUUCCUCAAAGGAAAGACCAAGAGUACGACUGAUCUCUCUGAUUGGUCAAAGCAAGAUGAGAAACUUUUCCACGCUCUAGAGAUCGGGGAUAUUGAGAAAUUAGAACAGAUCUUAACAAAGAAGAAAGUUUCACCAACGAAGAUUGAUGAAAAUGGGACAUCAGCAUUCCACCAUGCAUGCAGUCUUGGCAACCUUGAAGCUGUGGAAUUGUUUCUGGCACAUGGGGCAGACAUUUGCUCAAUAGAUAGCGCUGGAGCCACUGGACUUCAUGUUGCUGCUCGUCAUGGAGAAACUCAAAUCAUGGAGAGGCUUAUUCAGGCAAAUGCCCCUCUGGAGAUCAUGGACCAUUCACGCCAGACCCCCCUCCAUUAUGCAGCUCGUGGGGGUGAGGUUCAUUGCGUCGUUGUCACCCUGAAACACAAUGCAGAGCUUAACCCAGAGGAUAAGGAUGGCCGCACGCCGCUUUUCUACGCUUGUGAACUGGGGUAUGCUGGGAUAGUUAAUGUGCUUGUGAACAGAGGGGCAUUUGUCAAUCACCAGGAUGAAGAAUGGAGGACUCCUUUGAUGGAGGCGUGUUCCCAGGGGCACAGAGAGGUCUGUGAGUUCCUAGUGAAAAAAGGUGCUAAUGUUCAACUAACAGAUAAAUUAGGACAUGAUGCCAAAUGGUAUGCUUCUGAAGGGGGCCAUAGUGACAUAAAGGAAAUAUUAGAGAAAGCACCUAGUAUGGCUACUUGGGAUGUCGGGCAAGAUGAGGAGACUUCCCAACCAGCUGUGCCCCCUAGUGGUGAGGUAGAUUAUGUUGCAAGCUUUGACAGCAGUUCCGUCCAAGAUUCUCCUCAACCAUCCCCUAAAGUACAAAACAGAGAUGCGUCAUCCAUUAAUAAUGAGGAUGCCUCUGAUCAGUGGUCCACGUCCGAUUCCAACAACCCACCAGCCUCUGAUACUGGUUCACGGAACUUCAACGUCAGCCAAUCACAGAUCUCAGAGCAGACAUUUGAAGAAGAAUAUCAGGAAAUACAAGAAGAACUUGAGGUGCUAACUGAAGAAUUAAAACAGAAGAAUUUAGACAAUAAAAAACUACAAGAACGAAUAAAGGAAUUUGAGGAAAAAGAGAGGAGUCAAAUCCAACAACCAGAAGAACUCAAGACUAGUGAGCUACUCAACGGGUCAUUGAGUACUGGAGAAGAUGGAAACGAAUCAAUUGUGUCUGUAGAUGACAAGGCAAAAAUGAGUAAACUUGAGGAUGAAGUUAAACUUUUGAAGGCCAAGCUGUUGGAUUAUGAACCAGUGGAUAAUAACGCAGAUCAACACAAUGACUUGGAUAGCUGGGGAAGCAGCGGAGAUGAGGAUAUGGUUUUUCCAGAUUCUAGUAGAAAUGGCAUCAAACAAAACACCAGUAACCAAUCGGAGAGUUUGAUGACAGAUGCGCAGAAACAAGAUAAGCAAACAAUAACGAUACUUCGCAGUCAGAUCUCCACUCUUGAGUUGGAAAACAAUGAACUAAAGACGAAAAUAUCAAAAUAUGAUGCUAAACUUGUUGAAAAUGAAGAAGAGGAUGAAAGAGUUCCGCUGUCACAAUACACUGAGCUUGAACAAGCAAACGAUGUAGAGGUGAAAAGGCUUAAGAAGGAGAUUGUUAAACUCCAGGAUGAAGUGUUUCAUUUGUCUAUGAAACAGGAUGCUGACAUAUAUGAAGAUGAUGACAGUUUCGAUGUCACUGACCUUCUGGAUGAUGGCCCUUCUCAACAACAAAGUAGUCAAAAACCAUUACAAAAAUCGACACCACCAGAUAAUGUGCUCAAAAAUGAAAAUACAGAUCUCAGAGAAAAAAUAUCAGUCAUUGAAAAAUCCCUCCGUGACGCACAAUCUAAUACUCAAGAACAGUCGCAAGAAAAUAAACACUUAAAACAAGAAAUUGUUCAACUUGAGGAGCACAUCAAAAUCAUGCAAGCAGACAUUGAUUCGGCCAAUCAAAAAUCAGAAAAACCCACCGAGAAUGAACCCAUUAUUUCAAAUGAUGCAGUCACUAAUUUAACCAAGGAGAAUACCUCACUAAAAGCUGCAAUUGCCUUGGAGAAACUUGAGCAUGAAGUGUCUCACAAAACAAUAGAAGAACUCAUGAGUACAAUUGAAGAUCUUCAGCAUGUCAUAAGUGAACUCAAGGAGAAACAAACACAAGAGGAACCCUCCAUUGAUGAUCAGGAAAAUGAGCAAAUUAUGAUCUCCAUGAAGGAAACAAUAAAAGUUUUGAAUACAUCCCUGGAAGAUAAAAAUAAUGGCAGUGAAAAACUACAACAGGAGAUGAUGUUAUUAAAAACGACAAUCAAGGAAUUAGAAGAGGAAAAAAGGAAACAAGAAAUGGAAAUAUCUAGUCUAAAUUCCCAAAUUGGUUCCACACCCGAGAAACAGAAUAACCUUGAACAACUUGAAGCUCAAAUAGCAGAGCUCCAAGAAACGAUGAUCGACCAGGAUGAAGCAAGGACUAAACUCAUGGAAGAAAAUCAGUCUUUAGCCGACAGUGUUAUCCAGUUGCAAAAUUCAAUAGAGACUCUAAAGAAAGAGAACCUUGAAAUGAAUGCAGUAAUUGAAAGGUAUCAGCACCAAGAAGAAGAACUAAAACAUGAAAAUGAAGACUUGAAUAUCCAAUAUAAAGCACUAGAAGAUGGUGUAACAGCCUUAGAAAGUGAACUAGAAUCCAAAACUGAAUAUGAAACUAAAUUCAAUGAUGUCCAAGCUCAAAUUGUUGAGCUUAACAAUGAAAAUACUCAAUUAAAACAAGAGCUUAAUAAGAUGCAAACUGAACAUAGUCAGCUGUCAGAUGACCUUACUGUGUACAAAAGUAAGGAAGAGCAAUUUUAUGCAGCUUCAGAGAAACAAAAAGACGUGAACAACAAAAAUGUUGAUUUGGAAUUUAAGAGACUACAAGCUGAGAAUGAUAACUUAAACAAAGCAAAUGCUGAUGUAGUGAAUCAAUUAAAAGCAUUUCAAAUUGAAACUGAAAACGUCAAGAAGGUCAACACAGAACUUGAAACUGAAUUCAAUAAUGUUAAAGCAGAAAACAAUGGGUUGAAUAGCAAAAUUGAAGUCGUUGAAAGAAAAUUGGAAAAGCUACAAAUGGAACAUGAAAACUUGAAACAAGUAAAUGCAGACCUUGAAAUUGAGUUAAACAAACUUGAAACAGAAAAUAAAGACUUGAACACCAGAUCAACUAAAGAUGAAACAGAAGGGGUAAACCUGGAAACUCAGUUGUCAAAUCUUCAAACAGAAUAUAACCAAAUCAAAGACAAUCUUCAGUCGAGUCAAAAGAACGAAAAUCAGCUUUCGAUUGAAAAUACAAGUUUGAAAUCUGAGAUUGAUGAUUUGAAAUCUGAAAUACAGCGUUCAAAUGCUGAACUUCUGACAAUCGCCGAAACUGAAUCUAAUCUGAAGAAAGAAAAUGAAACUCUAGUGAACAGUGUAACAGAACUAGAGGCUAGUAUCCUAGCAUUUGAAAAGGAGGUUGAACAAUACAACAUACGUGAUAGUGACAAUGUUAAAGAAAUAUCCAAUCUUAAAAGCAAUUUGGACAUUUUCAAAAUGCAAAAUGUAGAAUAUCUUGGUGAAAUCGAAAAAUUAAAAUCUGUUAAAAAUCAGAUGGGGCUACAAACCACUGAGACGAGUCAUCAACUAAAUGAGGUACAAGGUUCCAAUGAUAAACUAAAGAGAGAGUUAGAAGCCAUAAAAGACAUAGAAGCUGAAUAUUCACAGCUAUUAAGUGACCAAAACAUACUCGUGGAAGAAAAUACUGCAAUGGCUGAGGAAAUUGAUGACCUUAAAACAGCUCAAGUUACAAUGAGUGUUGAAUUUGAAAGACUUCAGAAAAUCGAGAAUGAAUUUAAAAGUUUGAGUAAUCGAUACAAGACACUGGCUGCCGAUUAUGAUAACAUUGAUAUGGAGUGUGAACGUGUAAAAGAAUUGAAUGCUAAACAGAUGGAUGAAAUUGGAGAACUACAACAAGCAGAAUCAGAAAAGUCACAGUUGACAGCUAGGAAUGCAAUCCUUUUAGCUGAUAAUAACAGUCUGGUAAAUGAAAUAACAAUUUUGAAAUCUGAUAACAUUCGACUGAGUGAGAAAAUCAAAAAAGUUCAAGAUUCUGGGAAGAAAUCACGCGGAACGACUUCUGAUGAAAUCGAGGAACUCCAUUUGGAAAAUGACCGACUUCAAGCGAAGGUUUCGCAGCUCAACAGGACAACUCAAUAUAAAGCAGAUGAAUUAAAAUCAGUUCAAGUUGAAAAUGAGAAACUCCAGGCAAAGGUUAAGGAACUUAUGAAAGGUAUCACUGAACGAAAACAAGAAAUGACUGCACUCAAAUUAGAAAAGAUUGACUUAGAUAGAAAGUUAAGAAACACACCUGAGCUACAGCUUGAAUCUGAUAUGGAAACAGGUUUGGAUGGAGAAACUAAAAAUAAAAUAUUAAUCGCUGAAAAUGAAAACCUACGAUCGGAAAAUGAACGCCUUGAUGCACGAAUAAAACAACUUCAGCAUGAGCAUGCUGAAAAGCGAGAUGCAUUUAAGUUAGAAUCAGAAAAUCAAGAGAUGAAAAAACGACUUGAGGCAUUAAAUAAACAGAUGCAAGAGUCCACGACACUGAAUGGACUGGGGAAUAUGGACACAAGAGAGAAGAUUGGGAAAGAAAAGGCAUUGGAAAUUCAACUUGGACAAGUCCAACAGCAAUUGAUGGAGAGUGAACAACACUUUAAAGACGUCAUCAAUGUAUACAGGGCUCAUCUCCUAUGUGCCGUUCAGGGGCAGCUAGACAGUGAUGUAGUGAAUUCUCUUGAAGAUAUCAUCAGGUUGAGAUCAUCUGAGGAACAAUGGCUUUAGAAUCUUCACAACAUCCCGACGUUAAUGAAUAGCUUAGAAAAGACUCAUACUCACAUGAUGCAAUAAUGAUUGUAUAUUUUUGCUGAUUUUGUUGACUGAAAUGUUGCUGUUAUAAAUAUUCACUGAAUUCAUAUUCAGUGGAGUUCAGUUACUUUUU